AUGAACAACUUGCCGUAUUUCGUCGUCGGAACGCGAACGCUCUUUCAUCAGUUCGAGUGCGAGUUCGACUUUACCGACAAGGCGCUGCGGUUUCACCCGCCGGGAUCCGUCGCGUGCGGCGCGGUGGACGCGAGCGACCUCGUCGCGAUCCCGCUCGGGACGCACCCGACGGGGUUGCGGACGGUACAGUGCGCGCUCAACGGCGGCGCGCCGUUCCCCGGGAUCGUGGACAUGGGGUCGUUCUUCUCCGUCGUCAACUGGAUCGCCGCCAACUCGGGCGCGUGCGGCGUCUCCCCGGACUCCCCGGGCGUCGCGGAGAGCGCGAUGAAAGCCGUGGGGAUCGACGGCCGCGCGAUGAACAUGGCGACCGCGGCGUUCACCCUGGACGUCCUGGGCGCGGAGGGCGAGGAAACCUCGCUGAAGAGCGAGUACAAAGGGCAGUGCUGCGUCGGGGACUUGCCCGCGUUCGCGUCGCUCGGCGCGGAGACGUCGGCGUGCAUGUCCGUCGGGUUAGACGUCAUCGGGCGGGGGCGGACGAUCCUGGACGUGAAGAACGACAGGGUGUAUCUCACCCCGGGGGACGCGCCGGGGGGGAUGUGGAGCGAGGAGGAGGGGUAUGGGGGCGGGAAGACUGGGGGGGUCGCGUAG